AUGUACAAGGAGGAACAUUCAACCGGGUGGGAACCUAGUAUCAAGAAAGCCCAGUUUCAGCAGCAGUCCGCCCGUCGCCGGAGCUGGAUCUUCAUGCCCAUGUCAAUUGCUCCGGCUGACGAGGAGGAGGAGGAUAACACGACAACACCUACAGAAGCAGCCAUGGUGGAGGAGGUGGGGGAGGAGGUUAACCAUGCUGAGAAACUACUCCCUAAUGGUGACUUUUACACGGGCCAGUGGCGCGGUGGUGUGCCACAUGGCAACGGGAAGUACUUGUGGACGGAUGGGUGCAUGUAUGAGGGCCAAUGGCAGCAUGGGAAGACAAUGGGCAAAGGGAAGUUCUCUUGGCCUUCUGGUGCAACUUAUGAAGGGGAGUUCAAGUCGGGAUUCAUGGAUGGAAUUGGAACCUAUACAGGAUCAUCUGGGGAUACAUACCGUGGGUCUUGGUCCAUGAAUCUUAAGCAUGGAGAGGGGAACAAAUCAUACUCUAAUGGGGAUUACUAUGAUGGUGAGUGGCGUACUGGAUUUCAAGAGGGUCAUGGGAGGUAUAUAUGGAGAAAUGGGAAUGAGUAUGUAGGGCAGUGGCUUGGAGGGAAGAUUCAUGGCAGAGGGACAUUGAUCUGGGCAAAUGGGAAUAGGUAUGAUGGUGGAUGGGAGGAUGGGAUGCCGAAAGGAAAUGGGAAUUUCAGGUGGGCCGAUGGGAGUUUGUACAUUGGUGUUUGGAGUAGGGAUGGUAAUAAUGUGCAACAACAGAAGGGAGUUUAUUAUCCUUCCUCAGCAGCAAGCACACCAACUGCAAGAGAUCCUCAGGAGGCGUUUGCUGCCGGGUUGAGUGAUUGUUUGGUUUGUGAAGGAGAGACUGUGUCUGUUAUGCCUUCGCAGAAGACAUUAAAUUGGUCUGAAAUGGAAGCAGAUUUUCUGCAGAAACAGGCUUUGUGGAGAUCAUUGAAGUCCUCAGACUCUAUUGGUAGGCCAAGAAGAAGGGCUUCUGUGGAUGCUCUUGUGGCGAUGGGUGGUGAUCGAAGUUUCAAUAGGAUUUGUGCAUGGGAACCGGAUGGUGGUGAUAUCACAUGCGACACUGGGGAUCGCAAUUCACUAGUGUUGGAAGGAAAGGAUGAUGUUGUGAUGAGAGGGUUGCCUGAUGAAGCAGACUCAAAGUCCGAGGGGAGGAGCCCUCUGCAUAUGGGGUGGUUGCCUAAGGAAAUGAAGAAGCAGGGAGAGACCAUCUCUAAAGGGCACAAGAAUUACGAUCUCAUGCUUAAUCUUCAGCUUGGUAUAAGGCAUGCUGUUGGAAGACAACCUUCUCCAAAUAUGUCAUUUGAUCUCAAAGCAUCAGCUUUUGACCCAAAAGACAAAAUAUGGACUAGGUUUCCCACUGAAGGAUCAAAACAUACACCCCCUCACAAUUCUUGCGAGUUCAAAUGGAAGGAUUACUGUCCACUGGUUUUCAGGACUCUCCGAAGAUUAUUUAAGGUUGAUGCAGGUGAUUAUAUGUUAUCAAUCUGUGGAAAUGAUGCUUUACGAGAACUCUCUUCUCCUGGUAAAAGUGGCAGCUUCUUCUACCUAACAAAUGACGACCGCUACAUGAUAAAGACAGUGAAGAAGUCUGAAGUUAAAGUGCUCCUCAGAAUGCUGCCUGCAUAUUACAAUCAUGUUCGAGCAUUUGAAAAUACAUUAGUAACCAAAUUUUUUGGUUUGCAUUGCGUUAAAUUAACUGGGGCCAUUCAAAGAAAGGUCCGCUUUGUAAUAAUGGGGAAUUUAUUCUGCACUGAUUAUCCAAUUCAUAGGCGUUUUGAUCUUAAAGGAUCUUCUCACGGUCGCACAACUGAUAAGCCAGAGACUGAGAUUGAUGCUAAUACUACACUCAAAGAUCUUGAUCUUAAUUAUAUAUUCCGUUUGCAGAAAGCAUGGUUUCAAGAGUUCCUUAGGCAAGUAGACAGGGACUGUGAACUCCUUGAGCAGGAGAGAAUCAUGGAUUACAGUCUUCUGGUUGGAAUCCAUUUCAUAGAUCCCUCCAUGCCAAAAGAAAUACCUGUGUUUGAAGAUAAUAUUGAUACGGACAACACAAAAGAAGUAACACCUCGUCUUUCAAGAGUAGACAUAGAUCAGUUUCUAUGUGAUCCAUCCAGAUGGGCAAUGAUUAGACUGGGUAUAAAUAUGCCGGCAAUGGUUGAAAGGAGUAUAAGGAAGAACGAAACCGAGCUGUUCGGAGAACCAACCGGGGAAUUCUAUGAUGUGAUCUUGUUUUUUGGAAUCAUAGACAUACUUCAAGACUAUGAUAUUAGCAAAAAGCUUGAACAUGCAUACAAGUCAUUCCAAUAUGAUCCCACCUCAAUAUCAGCUGUUGAUCCCAAGCAGUAUUCUAAACGGUUUCGUGAUUUCAUUUUCAACGUUUUCAAAGAUGAGACGUAG